CUGGAGGCCCAGGUGCCCUGCCUUUCCCAGGGGCUAUCCUCAACCCUGGCCCCACUUGAGGCCAGCAUCCCUCCCACCUUCCCUCCCGGUCCAGGGACAUGGGCGGCUUUGCCAUCUGGUGCAAGAAGGCCAAAGCCCCGAGGCCAGUGCCCAAGCCCCGAGGUCUCAGCCGGGACAUGCAGGGCCUCUCUCUGGAUGCAGCCAGCCAGCCGAGUAAGGGCGGCCUCCUGGAGCGGACACCGUCAAGGCUGGGCUCUCGGGCAUCCACGCUGCGGCGGAAUGACUCCAUCUACGAGGCCUCUAGCCUCUAUGGCAUCUCAGCCAUGGAUGGGGUUCCCUUCACACUCCACCCACGAUUUGAGGGCAAGAGCUGCAGCCCCCUGGCCUUCUCUGCUUUUGGGGACCUGACCAUCAAGUCUCUGGCGGACAUUGAGGAGGAGGUGGGUGCAGGGCUAGGGAGGAGGUGCCUGAGGGGCUGGGACCCCAACCCCCCUCCGCCCCAGGCUUCCCCAUCCCCACGUUCCCCCAGACGCACCCCAUCUCUCCAGGGCUGAAGACCACUCAAGUCC